AUGGCUGCCAGCAAACAAUUCUAUCUGCUCGGGGAGGACCCCUUGACGUCCUCCAAGGAGAUCGACAUCUCUUCAGUGGCCGACGAAGAUGAUUUGAAACAUACAAUUGCUGCUCACUUUGCCAUUGUGCAGUCUUCUGGAGUCGGCUUCGCGUCAAAAGACAAUGUUGCCUUGACCACACUGGCCGAUGUGCGUGCUGUGGAGGAGCCUAUUGCCAUAUCCAUCGACGGCAAGGCUGUUCGUGAGAUUCCCGGCCCAGCGGGUCUGCCCUAUAUUGGCAACUACUUUGAAGUCUAUCCGGACCAUCUCGGAAACCACCAGCGACUGUUCGAACAGUACGGCCCGCUGAUCAAGACGACAAACCUGGGUAGCGUCGUGUACCACACAAACGACCCUGUCCUCGCAUCUAUCUUUUUUAGCGAGAGUGACUUUUUCACCAAGAACAUUAUUCCCGGUCACCCGCUGCAUCCCAUCAAGAACCCAGAAUCUGGUGUCUUUCUCGGCGAUACUGACACAGAGGAGUGGAGGACUGCCCACAAGUUUCUGCCUCCAGCUUUCGGACCCAAGGCCGUCCGCCACUAUGCACCAACCAUGCAGAAGACGAUAGAAGAUGCGUUCAAGGUGUUUGAUGAAUUGGAUGAGAGAGACGAGGCUUGGAACGUUUAUCCCUACAUGCUGAAGUUGGGAUCGCAAGCUGUUGGAAAACUUGUCUUGGGACUUGAUAUGAAGCACUUCACGGCCCCAGACGCCCCAUUGCACGAGAUGGUUUUUAGAAUCGCACAAUCUCUUAGUCUGAACAAGAAGGUCACGUCCAUGGGAAGUUGGUAUGCGCACAUGCCGUUUGGCGCGCCCAAGCAGCUCCGCGAUGCCAGAGGGAGAAUCGUCGAGAUGGUCCAGGAGUCGAUCAAUGCUGCCUCAAAGGGUAUUGAAGAUUUGGAGCUCCAAGAGGCUGCAGUCAAGGCAGAGAACAUGGUCGACUAUGUUCUUCGCGCAACAGACUCCAAGGGCAACAAACUCCCGGCUAACAGGAUCAUGGAGCCGCUGGUCGUGGCCACGGGUGCUGGAUUCACAACUACCAGUUCGCUGCUCUCAUGGCUACUUUAUGGCCUCGUCGCCUAUCCUGGAAACCAGGAGCGGCUCCUGCAGGAGCUGAUCGACAAUGGAUUCGACGAGAACACACAGAUCACGGCUGAGCUGACGCAAAAGCUCACCUUCCUCGACAAGUAUGUCAAGGAGACUCAGCGACGCCACAACCCUAGCUACCAACCUGCACGAACCUCAAAGGUCGACAUGAUCUUGCCGGGUGGCUACAAACUCCCCAAGGACUCGGUCUGCGUUGUCGCCCUGCACCAUAUCCACAACAACCCCAAGUUGUGGGACAACCCAACCCAGUUCGACCCUGACCGUUGGGACACUGAGAAGGUCAAGUCGCGACACCAGGCGUCCUAUAUUCCCUUCGCCACAGGUCCAAGAAUGUGUAUCGGUUUCAACUUUGCGCUCCAAGAAGUCAAGGUCUUCCUUCCCAAGCUCAUAUACAGGUACAACUUCAGCUUGGCUAGCGAUGGCCCGCUCGAAUAUGACCCCAUGUUCCAGUUGAUCAGGCCCAUGAACUUGUACGUCAGAGCAGAGAGACGUGUCAAGUGGCCAGCCAAGAGCGGCUAG